GGCGUGACCGCGUUGCUAGGGGUACAUGCAUGAACUGUGGCAACUUUGGCCACACGUCCUGGACUUGCUGCGGCAAGAAAGUCACAACGAAGGUAGCCUCACCAACGGUGGUGGGCUUACCUUUGAACCUCAGGAGUGCUUCUGCGAGCAGCUCACAGGGAAACACCUCGGGCCAGUAGGAGUGUUAGCCGCUCUUACUCGCGCUGAAGUGGUAGUGUUGCCUUCCCCACUUCAGGCGUUGGCCUACGCUAGUGACCCACAUAUCGCCCGGCAGACACAUACAGACCCACCGACGCUCUGUUCGAAAGAUGUGUCUGAGGCCCUAGAAGAGUUAGAGACUGAGUGGUCAGGGAAGGACCCCAUGGACUUUUGGGCGAUGAUCAGUAGAGGUCCAAAGGGUGAACAUUUCGUGGUAGAAGUAGAUCUAAGUGGCCGCAAGAUUGCCGCCUUCGCAGACACAGGCUCUACACAAAAUUUCAUCAGUCGUGCUUGUGUGGAUAGACUGCGCUUAGGGGACCAAGUACAGCAGCUUAGCAGAGCUGUAGCUUUUACGCUAGCCAACAAGCACCAAAUGAUAGUAAAAGACUAUGUCAAAGACGUAGCCUGUUCCUUCUCCUAUGGAGGAGGGGAAGUGAUCCACAAGAUCUCCUUCUUGGUUAGCGACGAACUUCCUUUUGAUAUGCUCCUUGGUAUGUACUACCUCGAGGCCGCGAAACAGCAGUUGGACUGGAAUAGAAAGGUAUUGAUUCACAAGUUGCCCAACGGUAGAUCUAUUAAAUUGCAAAAGUUCAAAGCUAGCAGUCUAAUAGACAACUACGGGUGCAUGUGUGCAUCAUCUUUCUAUAACUAUUAUAAACAGAAUCGCGAGAAAGGCAUGUAUCUAGUUUUUGUCUCUGAGAAAGGGGAGGCCGUAAAAUCACCCCCAGAGAUAGAAAAAGUCAUCGCUCAAUAUUCAGACCUUUUUGAGGAGCCCACAGGCGUGGUGGAAAGGGAGGUGGUCCUUGUAAUAGAGGUUGUCCCAGGUAGUAAGGUGCCUAGAGGACGAAUCUAUAGGAUGUCUCCUGCGGAGUUCGAUGAGCUUCGCCGCCAGCUCAAGGAGCUCACAGAGAAGGGAUGGAUACGACCUAGUACCUCCCCUUACGGUGCGCCAGUCUUAUUUGUUCCUAAGAAGGGAGGUCCAUUAAGGAUGUGCAUUGACUAUAGGGGCCUCAAUGCCAUCACCGUUAAGAACGCGGAGCCCCUACCCCGCAUUGACGACCUCUUGGAUAGAGUGCAGGGAUGUCGAUACUUCACAAAGAUAGAUCUGAAGUCCGGAUACCAUCAAAUUGCCGUUAGGCCGGAGGACCAACACAAAACCGCAUUUCAGACCAGGUACGGUUUGUACGAGUUUGUGGUGAUGCCUUUUGGCCUAUGCAAUGCGCCUGGUACGUUCCAGCACGCGAUGAAUAGGAUCUUUCAUGACUACUUGGACAAGUUUAUCGUCGUGUACCUCGACGAUAUUCUCAUCUUCAGUAGGACUGUAGAGGAGCACCUUGAGCACUUGAAAAUAGUGCUAGGUCUCCUAAGACAGCACCAGUACAAGGUAAACUUGGAUAAAUGCGAGUUUGGUCGCACCAAGAUCUUGUACUUGGGUCAUGAAAUUUCAGCAGAUGGAUUGAGGCCGGAAGAUGCGAAUGUGGCCAGCAUGCGUGACUGGCCCAGACCUCAAACUGUUACUGAGGUCAGAUCGUUUUUGGGGAUGACGGGCUACUAUCGUCCGUUUGUGAAAAACUAUAGUACUAUAGAUUCCUCAUUGACAGAUCUAACUCGACUUGAUACCCAAUGGGAGUGGACUGAAGAGUGUGAGGCAAGCUUCAAGCAAUUGAAGUAUGCUCUAACACACUAUGAAGUUGUCAAACUUCCCGAUCCUGACAAGCCGUUUGUCGUGACAACAGACGCCAACCAAUAUGGCAUUGGCGCUGUCCUUGCCAAAGUUGAGACCGAUCGAGUAUAUGAGUAAGAAGAUACCUUCCAAGAAGCUAGCUGCGUCCAGUUAUGAAAGAGAGCUCUACGCCCUAUAUAGAGC